UGAUGAGAGUCAAAUUUGAGAGGUUGAAACCUGAAAGUGAGCUGCAGCUGGGUGUUGCACCUAAACCCAAAUCUCACAGCGACAUUGCAGCAGCAGUCCAGCAGCAGGCCUUGGACAGAUGAGAUCAUGCUGAAGGUAUUGUUAGAGGCACAGCUGCCUCAGGGCAUAGAAGUAGCGUUCCACUAUCUCAAAGGUGCCCUGCCGCCGAGGACGCCGUCCAAGAAAAAGCUCAAGCAGCCACUGCCCGAGACGCAGUUCCUGACGGUCUACGAGGCUGACUUACUCAUCCUGGCACUUGAGGUGCUCGUCUAUAAAGCUGAAAACCUGACAACAGUCUAUAUUUCCAAAGCAGACUCGACUGGCUGCCACUCGAAGGGAGUGUCUUUGUCGACACUCGCUCUAUGCUUUCUGAAACAGCUUCUCGCUCAACAGAUUGGCAAGGUCAGGCUGGUCCUGUUUGCACGCUCGCAACCGCAAUACUUGUUUCCUGGCUCUUCAGAAAAUGAGGGCAAGCAUCUCCUCGGAGAUCGAGAGCUAGUGCACUGGUGGGUUGGCAUCCUAGAGCGAUUGCGAGGCAUCUCAAAAGACGCAACUGCUUGCAUCAUUGUGCCUGGUUCAGACGACCAAGAAGUCGAGCGGACGUACUUGGCAGGGUACAAGGCCGGUUGGCGUGUUGGCUUCACAGAUUCUCCACAGGCCCUCGCCAAGGAUGUGCUCUUACGCUUCCCUGACGAUCCCAAGGCGCGCUUCCUAGAUCAGCUAUCGCUGGACAAGGCAAUUGACACCACCUCCCUUGCUCAAUUCUGGGAGCUCAUGGCUUACCGACAGGAAAUGUCAUCCGGACGUUCCGUCGCGUUCCUGCAACUGGAUACCGUUUCAGAGUACCCUGCAGAUACAAAUGUGCCAUCAUGGGAUUUUCUCGAUUUGUCAGACAAAAAGUUGGCGAUGCUCCGGGAUGAGCUUGGCGCCCAAACAUUCACGAGCAGAGAAGAGACUUUGUUGGCAUCGGAGCGGUGGUUGAGAUUGGUUCCUGCGUCAACUGAUGGCGAUGCGAAGCCUGUCUGCGUUUUUGGACGCGCUACGCUCAAGACUGUAGCGAAAGCUGAUGGCAAGACUAUCAAUGCUUCAAAGACGUCUGAGAUGCACAAAAGGCCAGCGUCAGACACCCAGCCUAAUAUUCUUGUGCCACGAAAGAGACAACGCCCAAAGCCUUGAGUUGAUCUUGACUCGAGCUUUCUUCCGGCAAGAUCAGUUACUUUUCAAGCUCAACAUCGUCAGGCUUGAUCUUGGGCUGUGCAUCAAAUGGGCCAGAAACGCUGUUGAUACUGCUUCGAGAUUCGGUCCACAUGCGGCCUAACAUCGCAUAUGUGCUGAAGGCCGUCAGAAUUUCAAAUUCGUCAAAAUUCACCGCUUCGGAGUCAUCUGGCUUAUAUUUUUGCUAUUCUACAAGUUGGUUGAUCUAUGGGUUGCUAAGGACAAUGUGGCGCAAGUAUAUGUCAGUGGCGGACAUAGUGCUUUCACAACUUCGAUACUUAUGGAAGCAUGGCUCAUAUGCAUAGUCACAUCCCCAGCAGGCGAAUGGCCGGAGAUACCAACAAACAACAAAUGCGUUGAAUUGUACCUAAGGCUCAUUCAAUGAGAUGGAGAAUGAGAGAACAUCUUGCAG